GGCAAUACGAUCGUGUUGAAAUUACCUCAUAUCGUGGAAGUCUCCUUCACAUAACUUCCGUUAGUGCUUUCUGAUCAAACAUGUAUGAACAAACUCCGAGGUCAACUAAAGCAUUCAGCCAAGAGCCCAAGACGCGCCAUCGGAAUGCAUCCCAUUUGUCAAAUGGCAGACUGUUGACCAAUCAACAUUUGCUUUCACGAACAGCAAGCAAUCAUCCAUCCAUCGCGGCUUGAAGCACAUUCCCGGAAAAUAGAUGAACAUAGCAAAAGCCAAAAACCAACGUUUCCCAGCAAACAAAAGCCCAAAAAAUGGCAGAAGAAAUUGAUGAAACAACCUCCAACAGGAGGACCCAACAACCUCUGCCGCUUCAGCUUCUUCCUAUUCUUAUCCUCUACUCCCUUCUUCUCCUCACUUCACCACUCCCGGCAGCUUCCGACUCCGCAUCCGAAGCCGCCGCUCUCCUCCGAUGGGCUUCCACCCUUAACGACCUCCGCCAAUCCAACAUCUCCACCUGGCCGGUCAACGCCACCCGCGCCGCCGCCACCCCCUGCCGCUUCGUCAGAGUCUCCUGCACCGCCGCCGGGAGCGUGCUUCGGCUGAAUCUCACCAACUCCGGCCUGAAUGGUACGCUGGAAGACUUCCCCUUUUCCUCGCUCCCCAGCCUCUCCUACUUCGAGCUGAGCAUAAACCAGCUCUACGGCAUCAUCCCACCCGCAAUCGGCCAGCUCGCCAACCUCAUCUACUUCGACGUGUCCCUCAACCAGCUCUCCGGCGUCAUCCCGCCGGAAAUCGGCCUCCUCAGAAAGCUGGAAACCCUCCACAUCAUUGACAACCAGCUGAACGGCUCGAUUCCCAACGAGAUCGGCCAGCUGGAGUCCUUGACCGAGCUCGCCCUCUACACCAACUAUCUCGAAGGCCCGCUUCCUUCUUCAAUAGGGAACUUGACCAGAUUGGAGCGCUUGUACCUCUACGACAAUGCAAUCUCCGGUCCAAUUCCCCCGGAAAUCGGUAACUUGACCGAACUCACCGAGUUUUUCAUCGACACCAACCAGUUAUCCGGUCCAAUUCCGGCAAGUUUCGGGAAAUUGACCAACUUGACUACUCUCUACAUGUUCAUGAAUUCACUCUCCGGCCGAAUUCCUGACGAAAUCGGGAACCUCAGGUCGCUCCAGUUCCUCAGCCUCCAUACAAACAACCUCUCCGGUCCAAUUCCUCCGUCGAUUGGCCGGCUGACAUCCCUGGUCCAGCUCCAUCUCUACGGGAACCAGCUCUCCGGCGGGAUUCCACCAGAGCUGGGGAACUUGGAGUCCAUUGUAGAUCUGGAGGUGAGCGAGAAUCGACUCACGGGCCCUGUUCCUGCUUCAAUUGGAAAUUUGAGCACAUUGGAAAUCUUGUAUCUUCGUGUGAACCGUCUCUCUGGUUCAAUCCCUAAGGAGAUAGCGAACCUCACCAAGCUCACGGUUCUCCAGCUAGACAGCAACAAUUUCUCCGGCGUUCUACCUGAGAACCUCUGCGGAGGUCAGCAAUCGCUGAUCAAUUUCACCGCCAAUGCCAACAACUUCUCCGGCCCUGUUCCUAGAAGCUUCAGGACCUGCCCGACCUUCGUCCGGGUUCGUCUGGAAGAUAAUCAGUUCACCGGGAAUAUUUCUGAUGACUUCGGGGUCUACCCAGAUUUGCAGUACAUUGAUCUCAGCCGGAAUAACUUCUACGGUGAGAUAUCAUCCAACUGGGGAUCGUGCCCCAAUUUGGCUACACUUCUGAUUUCUGAGAACAACAUCAGGGGUGAGAUUCCGCCGGAGAUUGGUAACGUUUCUCGGCUGCAGGGGCUUAAUCUUUCUUCCAAUCAAUUGGUUGGUCAACUUCCCAUAGAGCUUGGAAAGCUGAGUUCUUUAGUCAGGCUAGCACUCUACGGCAAUCAACUCUCAGGGCCUAUCCCUCCAGAGUUGAGAUCAUUUACUGAGCUGGAGCUGCUCGAUUUGUCUUCUAACAGGUUCAACCAGUCAAUUCCGGCUAGCAUAGGCGAAUUUUCUCAGCUGAACUACUUGAAUCUCAGCAACAACCAGUUCGGGGAAAGCAUUCCAGAUCAACUGGGCAAUCUGAUUCAUCUGUCAAAUCUCGAUCUCAGCCGGAACUCGCUCACCGGCCCAAUCCCAUCGAGGCUGAGCUCCUUGGGAAGCUUGGAGUUCCUGAACCUGUCAAGGAAUAGCCUUUCUGGGUCAAUUCCAAAUGGGUUAGCACAAAUCCCCUUGCGCGCCGUUGACAUUUCCUAUAACAGAUUGCAGGGUCCUCUUCCAAACAGUAGAAGCUUCCAAAACGCUUCGAUUGAAGAUGUACAGGGCAACAGUGGCUUGUGUGGAAGUAUUGAGGGUCUACAGCGGUGCAAUCCUUCUUCUACUCCAGGAACCGGUUCAUCGAGAAAAAAGAGCCGUAUGUUCUUGUUCUUGGUCAUUUUCCUGCCUGUCUUGGCCGUGGUUGUUGUGCUAUUAGCUUUGGGAAUGCUCUGCAUUCACCGGAAUGGCAGGGGAGAGGCAGAAACACAACCACUACAGCAGCAGCAGGAAGAGGACAUCUUGAUCACCCCUGGGUUCGAUGGGAAGAUCAUGUACUCUGAAAUCGUGAAAGCAACCGAGACCUUUGAUUCCAGGUACUGCAUUGGGAAGGGAGGUUAUGGUACGGUGUACAAGGCCAGGCUGCCAUCCGGAAUCAACGUGGCAGUGAAGAAGCUCCACGGUUUCCACGACAGCAAUGGGGCGCUUCAGAGGGAGUUCCUGAGCGAGAUCAAAGUGUUGACCGAGGUAAGGCACCGGAACAUUGUGAAACUCUAUGGUUUCUGUUCUCACUCUAGACACUCCUUCUUGGUGUACGAGUACCUGGAGAGAGGGAGCUUAGCUUCAGUUCUGAGCCACGAUGGGGAAGCCGUGGAGUUGGAUUGGUGGAAGAGGGUCAACAUUGUGAGAGGAGUGGCUCAUGCCUUGUCUUACUUGCACCACGAUUGCACCAUACCCAUCGUUCAUCGAGAUAUAACCAGCAAUAACGUGCUGUUGGAUACCGAUUACGAAGUCCGAGUUUCGGAUUUUGGGACUGCAAAGCUUCUCAACACUGAUACCUCCCAUUGGACUGCACAGGCUGGCACCCGUGGAUAUCUUGCUCCAGAGCUGGCGUAUACAAUGAGGGUGACGGAGAAAUGCGAUGUGUAUAGCUUCGGAGUGUUGGCACUGGAAGUGAUCAAAGGGAACCAUCCUGGGGAAACCGUGCUAUCGUUCGCCUCCUCCUCUUUGACAGACAUAGCAUUGCCGUUGGAUGAUCUGCUAGACCAGCGUCUCUCUCCUCCUUCAGCUCUAAUCAAGCAAGACUUGGAGAACGUCUUGAGGGUCGCUGCAGCAUGUUUGAACACCAAUCCGCAGGCUAGGCCAGAGAUGAGAUUGGUUUCUCAGAUGUUGUCAACUGAUCAAAUUGGUGUCCCAUUGGUAGCAGUCUAACUGGCCUGUUGUCUGUCAAUCAGUGUAAUAUUUACUUGUAUGCGAGUAAUCCAUACGAAAGAGUGACAUAUCCAUUUUCUUCCUCGUGUUACACGAUCGGCAUAGUCAUUUUUCCACUUGAGUGUGAAUUGGCAAAACCUAUUCAAAUGUUUCGG